AUGGUUGCAAGGCCAUCUCCUGUUCUGGGGGUUCUGCUGUCUAUAGUCAGCAGAGUUCUCGCAGCCCUACUUUCUACUCCUCCGUCUACCCCCGAGCUCCUAUCCACACUUCCUUCUAUUUAUUAUAAAUGCUUUCCUGGCGACAGCUGCUGGCCGACCAAACAAGAAAGAAAUGCAUUCAACGUUAGCUUGAAAAGCAAGCUUAUUGCUACCGUGUCUUUACCCAGCCACAAUAUCCGACUUGUAAUACGCAACACCGGUUACAAUUACUUAGGAAAAUCUUCCAGAGUAGGGACGGUCGUACUCUGGACUUAUCAUAUGAAGAAUAUCGAGUUUUCAGACUAUACCUCCCCGCACUACUGCAGUCGGGCGAUUAAGUUUGGGCCUGGACUGCAGGAUAUUGAAGCAAUAGCGGCGGUGCAUGCUCAGAGCAAUAUACUAGUAGCCGGAAACUCCUUCUGGCUUGGGUUGGCAGCCGAUCAGGUGCUGGCCUGGGAUGUUGUUACCGCUGCCGAUGAGGUUAUAACCGCCACGCCGACGCAGAAUCCAGACCUGUACUGGGCACUGAGCGGCGGUGGUGGCGGCACCUACGGGGUCGUAAUCUCGAUGACCAGCAAGGUCUGUCCCGAGCUCCGCACCGCAACUGCCAACUUGACCUUUUCGAUCGAUCCCCAAUUCUCACCGCGGUUCUGGGAAGUGGUACCGAUCUUUGUGGCGGGAAUUCAACCGCUGACCGACAUUGGCGGCGUGGCCAUCUGGGAACUAACCAACAGGACAUUCGUAGUAUCCCCCGUUACAGUCCCUGGUGGCACACAGGCACUCUUGCAGACCUGGCUACAGCCUACCUUGGACCUCGUGGUUCGGGAAAUGAACCGGUCUAGCAACGUAACCGAGUACCAGAUCGGCGGGCGCUUGAUUCCACGGUCGACGGUAGACAGGAAUCUCAGCAAGCUGUUUCAUGCUCUCCAGACUAUCACCGAACAUGGAGCUGUCGUGUCUGGGGUGUUGUUGAACGUCUCCCGCACCCCCGUCACGGAUAACGCGGUUAAUCCGCCCUGGCGCGACACAGCUAUCUCUAUUGUCAUUGCCAUGCCGUUUGACUACCACAACCGCACUGCGAACCGGAUGAGCCGAGGAUUAAUCACCAGCACCCUCCUCCCCUUGCUUGAGCAGCUGACCCCAGGAAGUGGCGCCUAUCUCAACGAGGCUGACAUCGACCAGCCCAACUGGCAAUCCACAUUUUAUGGAAGCAACUACGCAAAACUAGCCGCUAUCAAGCUCAAGUACGACCCCGAUCAUUUUUUCUACGCUCGCACGGCAGUUGGGAGUGAGUACUGGGUCGAGUCGGUGGAUGAGCCGUUGUGUCAUGCGGUGUGA